AUGGAACCCCCUCUAGGUCAACGAAAGAUAAUCGUUGGAAUCGAUUUUGGAACGGAAAAAACUUGUGUAUCGCAUGCUCUUUGGAACAGCAUCCAGAAAGAACCGCCCCCUAUCUUUUCCUUGACCAUCAACGACCGAAUCGUCUUCUCGUCAUGUCUGGCGCUUGGCCAGGACGAAAGGAUAUUGUGGGGUCAAGAAGCCUACGAUGGCCAGCAAGGAACCGUAUAUAAAUGGCUCAAGAUAUUUCUGUACGAUCCGGACCACCCAAUUCUACAAGAGCCAAAUGCACCACAGUUGCCAGAGGGUGUCUUGCCCGAGGAACUCGUCACUGUGUACCUUCGUCAACUCUACGACGCAAUCACUGAGAAGACCCGCACACUGUAUCCCAAUUGCGAUGAAGGGACUGACUAUUGGUUUGGUUGGCCAGCCACCUGGUCCAAUGAGAGCCAACAGAAAAUGAUGAGAGCGGUGCAAGACGCAGGAUAUGGUAACGGUCCAGAUCGCUUUUUCUUCGUGACAGAGGCCGAGGCGGUCGCAUUGUUUUUCACGUACCAUGAGCAUUAUAGAAAGUCGUUGAAGCUGGGCGAUGGUUGUAUUCUGAUAUGUGAUAUCGGAGGAGGGACAACAGACGUCGUUACGAUGCAAAUACAGAACAGCAGCAUAAAUCCUACCUACGAACUGCUGAGUAGAUCCUCCGGCAACGACUGUGGGUUAGCGGCUAUGGAUGCUGCACUGCGCGGGUACGUCAGGAGUCUCCCCGGAGUACCAUCCCAACGGCUUUUGGACAAAAUAGGCGAUUUGAAAAGAGGAUUCAAUGGGGAUGAAGUUCGUCCGAUAGUUCUUCCUGCAUCGGGCCAACGCACCGCUCUCCCAAAACAUAUCAAGGGAUGCUUGAAUCCAACUAUCGAAAAGAUUCUCAGUUUGAUCCUGGAAAACAUUGAUGCAUCACGCCAAAUGCAACGGCCAAUUUCGCAUGUCCUCCUUGCUGGCGGUGGCGGCAUGAUGCCGUAUCUCAGGAGUCAUAUAGGAGUAAAAUUAGAGGGAAUUGCUGAGGUGCUGUAUCUUAUCGAAUACGCGCCGAUAUCUGUUGCGUGGGGAGCGACUCUCCGAGGUGCUCUGGGUAGGGCUAUUCCCCGCCUACAGUUUGACAGGAGCUACGGCCUCGAAGCUACCUCUGAGGCCAUUGUUCAUGAGGAAGGACUGGACAGGCGCAUUUUGAGGAAGACGUCCAUACCUUAUUGGAUUGUACGGAAGGGCCAGGAAUACGCGAUAGAUCAUGAAGAGAGUCACAUUUUCAACAUCUUUCACCGCGCCGGCGAUCCCGCGACGACCAUAAUCAAUCUUGUCGAGCAUCCCGGGAAGUGUCCAUCUCCCGACGACGGAAUAACAUUGGUGCCCAAAGGUGUCUUCGAAUUUUGCCUCCAGUUGCAAGAUCGCGAUAGCAUAUUGCGCACAGGUGAUGAGUGCAGCAUUAAGGUGCAGAUCGCCUGGACCUUGAGAUACUCGAAACAGCAGGCGGAAGUGGAGCUCGUUGCUAGUGUGAAGGAUGCAGAACUUGGUCGAAAGGUUGGGAUCCUGGACGGACAUAGAUUGGUACAUUGA